GCUGGACAGCGGACCCCGCGGGGGCAGCGGGGCGCCGAUGGUGGUGCCCCCGCCGCGAUGCCGGUGAUGAAAGGUUUGCUAGCCCCACAGAACACCUUCUUGGACAACAUCGCAAACAGGUUCGAUGGGACACAUAGCAACUUCCUUCUGGCCAACGCGCAAGUACAUCGUGGCUUCCCCAUUGUGUAUUGCUCAGAUGGGUUCUGUGACCUCACUGGUUUUGCCCGAACAGAAGUCAUGCAGAAAAACUGCAGCUGCCGUUUCCUCUGUGGCAGUGAGACCAGUGAAGCAGUUCUGCAAUGCAUUGAAAAAGUGUUGGAAGGAAAGCAGGAAUACCAGACAGAAGUCUGCUUCUACAAGAAGGGCGGAACAGCCUUUUGGUGCCUGCUGGACAUUGUCCCUAUCAAGAAUGAGAAAAGCGAAGUGGUCCUUUUCCUCUUCUCCUUCAAAGAUAUUACCAAGAAUCAUGGGAAGAAUCAUCUCAAUGAAAAAAAGGAAGAAAAGCAUCAAUGCAAGAAGGCAAGGAGCUCCAACUUGUGGGUGGCCAGGAAACAAGGGCGAAGUGCUUUGCACCAUCUCACUAGGCAGUUCAACAAGAAGGAAAGGACAGAGAUGAAGAUAAACAGUGAUGUCUAUGAAAACAAGCCCUCAGUGCCAGAGUACAAAGUGGCUUAUGUACAGAAGUCGCGCUUCAUCCUUCUUCACUACAGCAUGUUCAAAGCCCUGUGGGAUUGGCUCAUCCUCCUGGCUACUUUCUAUGUGGCAGUAACUGUUCCCUACAAUGUCUGCUUCACUGACGCUGAAGACAGCUUGACAGCUGCCCGCAGCACCAUCGUCAGUGACAUUGUAGUCGAGAUGCUUUUCAUUGUUGAUAUUGUUUUGAACUUUCGGACCACAUAUGUUAGUGAAACAGGCCAGGUGGUUUAUGAUACACGUUCAAUUUGCCUCCACUAUGUGGCAACAUGGUUCUUCGUGGACUUAAUUGCAGCCUUGCCCUUUGACCUCCUCUAUGCCUUCAAUGUUCCAGUGACAUACCUGGUACACCUGUUAAAGACUGUCCGUCUGCUGCGCUUGCUCCGCUUGCUCCAGAAACUGGAUCGCUAUUCCCAGUACAGUGCCAUGGUCCUGACCUUACUCAUGUCCAUGUUUGCCCUGCUGGCUCAUUGGAUGGCUUGCAUUUGGUAUGUCAUUGGCCGGCAGGAGAGCAACGACCCUGUGACCUGGGACAUUGGCUGGCUCCAUGAAUUGGGCAAACGAAUUGAGGCCCCCUAUAUCAACAUCUCUGUGGGUGGACCAUCCAUCCACAGCGCCUAUAUUGCCUCUCUGUACUUCACCCUCAGCAGUCUGACCAGCGUAGGCUUUGGCAAUGUCUGCGCCAACACAGAUGCUGAGAAAAUAUUUUCCAUCUGCACCAUGCUCAUUGGUGCUCUGAUGCACGCUGUGGUCUUUGGCAAUGUGACAGCCAUCAUACAACGCAUGUAUUCACGACGUUCCCUCUAUCAUACCCGCAUGAAGGAUCUCAAGGACUUCAUCCGUGUCCACCACCUGCCCCAACAGCUCAAGCAGCGUAUGCUGGAAUAUUUUCAGACCACAUGGUCUGUCAACAAUGGCAUUGAUGCAAAUGAGCUCCUCCAUGAUUUCCCAGAUGAAUUACGGGCUGAUAUUGCUAUGCAUUUGAACAAGGACAUCCUACAAUUGCCGUUGUUUGAAAGUGCCAGCCGUGGCUGCCUACGGGCUUUAUCCCUGCAUAUCAAGACCUCAUUCUGUGCGCCUGGCGAGUAUUUACUACGUCAGGGAGAUGCCCUGCAAGCAAAUUAUUUUGUGUGCUCAGGAUCUUUUGAAGUCCUCAAAGACAACAUUGUGCUGGCCAUUUUGGGUAAAGGAGAUCUUAUUGGUGCUGACCUGCCCAGUAAAGACCAAGUCAUCAAGACCAAUGCAGACGUUAAGGCACUGACCUACUGUGACCUCCAAUACAUCAGCCUACGUGGACUUGUUGAGGUUCUGGAGUUGUACCCUGAAUAUUCUGCCAAGUUCAUGGCAGACAUCCAGCAGGACCUCACUUUCAACCUACGUGAGGGUAGUGAGAUUGAGGGGCUUCUCCGAUUUACCAGAUCCCCACGUUUAUCCCAGCCUCAUCUUCAAAAUUGUGCUACUGCUUCUGAGAAGACCCUACCCUCCAUCCAGGAGUACAGUGAGGACUCUGAAGACUUCUUUCAGCCUUCACCUGCCACAAUCACACGUCGAAAAAUCAUGUUGCCCAACCUCAACAGCCCAGUAAGGCGGGGCUCUCUCAGCAGUCUUCUGGGAGAUGAUUUGCGUCAGUUCUCUGCCCUGAGGAGAACUUGUCGGUCUCCAGUACGCUGCAACCAGAUCCGCAGUCCUUCUCCACGAUGCCGUAAAGAGGAGCAACAUUUUGACAGUGAGGGGCUCAUUGACAUGAAGCCUAACAAACUCCUCAUUCCCUCUCUUACACAGUACAGGCCUCCAGACCUCAGUCCCAGAAUUGUUGAUGGCAUUGAAGAUGACAGCGAAGCAUCAGAGACCCAAACAUUUAGCUUUAAUAUGGAACGACCCCAGCAGACUUUGGUGCAGGAUCCUAUGCUACCAGGACCGACCAAUCUCGUGUUAGCUACCGAAAGUGAUGAGGUAAAGCAGAACAUCAGAAAGCUGAAUCAAGAGAUAAACAAUCUGAAUCGGGAAGUUUCCCAACUCAGCCAAGAGUUACAGCAUCUCAUGAAUCUUCUUCACGGCCAGUUUACCACUCAAUCUUUCUCCAACCCUACCUCAGUCUGUCUUCACAGCUGUGAGCAGACCUCGCCUUCCUUGUCUCCUGUAAGCAGGUUGCCUUCUUCUCGGACCUCAGUUUCCCUGCCACCUCAUAGCCUUCUGGCUUCCUCCUUGCCUAUGCUCCCCAGCCUGCCAGCAUCCUCGAGCCUUGAUUUUUCUGCCUUCACCAGCUCUCUGCCUUCUACUGCCUCCCAGGACAUGGAACUCUUUGAACCCCAGGAGAGGAGGGGAUCCACCUCUUGUGAUUCUGUGCAAGUGAGGGUAUACAAAUGAUUUCUAAAUUUCUGGCAAUUAUAGUUGAUUUCUGUUUUCAAUUCCUGAACACCACUGUUAUAAAACAGAUGAUCUGCUGAGGAGGUCAUUCUGGGAAAUUGGCCUCUCUCUUUUUUCCACUCUGGAGAGAACAGAAUAGUUAAUUAGGAAACAUCAGUCUGUCCCCUGCAUAGGGUCUAAUGUAUUUUGACAGUUCAUCACAUUUAAACUGCAAAUCCACGGUGCUUUUUUUAAAACAAAAGAUGCCAGAGAUAUAGAUAGCUUGCAUUUUCUCUGACAUAAGAAUAUAAUUCUAGAAAGUAGUUGCCCUUAAGAUUGUCCCAUGAUAUAAUCAAUACACACCGGCACACAAAAAGCAUUGCUUUUUUCAUCAAGACAAUAUAACCAAUGUAGUUCUGAGGCCAAAAACAGAUACUGGUGGCUCCAUUUUGGAAAACAUAAUGGCACUCUCUGUUUUACUGAACCUACCUGCUCAAAAUCCUACACAUGAAUCUACUUUCAAAAGAUCUAUAUGUGAGUUGGCAUAUAACCAUUAAUGUCUACGAUCAGGCCAGUAUUCCAUCAUCCUCUGAUACUUUCCAUGAGACUCAUUGCAACUCAUUUUUGUUACAUUUAGUUCUUAUUCAUGUGGGAUUUGUUUUCAGAAACAUUCAAAACAGUUCACUAUCAAUUAAACAAUGUGUCCAGUUUUAUACAAAAAGCUGAGCACAGUAAAUUUUAAAAGACACUUUUAAAGUAAAAUAGAGGGCUGACUUGAUCCAAUGUCAAUGUGCCAAUGAUGUAGAAGGUUGACAUUUAACUUCACGUUCUAGCUGGCCCUGGGAAACUGCUGCUUCAGUCAGCCUCUGCCCUUAAUUAAUAAUAUGAGCAUUAUAAAACUCACCUUUUUUAGUGUUGUCAUAAACCAUCACAAGAUAUUUGAUUGUAAAUCCUCUAAGAGCACAACAUAAAUGUUGUAUAUAUUAAGUGCUUUAAGGUCUCACUAAGUAGCAAGAAAGCAUUUCCUUAAAAAGACAAGCUAUUUUGACAAAAUUAAGUAAGAAAGUUUGUCAGGAAUGGGAAUUUUGAGCCCUUUGAAUAUUGCUGUUCUUUGCUCCUGUAUUCCUGUUUUGCUCUUUGGGAUGUGAACACUGAUAACUAUUGUUGAGCUAUCUUUAUAGGCCAUGAAUACUCCUUGCUGGACUGAAUGAGUGUUUUGUAGUAUGCUAUACUAUGCUGUAAGUUAGAUUCUUACAGUAUAAUAAGAAUCUAACUGCUAUUUUAUGUACUUUAUCAACCCAGUCAAUAUUUGCAGAUGUGACGUAGAGCAGAUUUCAAGGAGACAGAAAGAAGCUGGCCAGCUUUUCAACUAAUUUCAGUAACUAUGCCUUUAGUAGAAUCAGCACAUAUUAGUACUCUUUAUUUCUAAAUAAUCAUAUAUGAGUAAGUAAUAUUCUUUAUUUCUAUAGGCAAUUACUUUGAAAUUGAACUUCUUCAUGUUGGAAACUGUUGCUUAUGUUUGAAAUUAGGAACUUUGAGCAGCUUUGAAGUGUUUUCAUUCUAAAGAGUUGUUUCAAAUGUUUAAACAGUCUCAUAAUGAUUAGGCAGUGUGUUUCAAAUGCAAAGCAACUGUCUUAAAGCCAAAAUAUAUAUUUGAAAUUUGAAACAUUUUGUGCACUGUUAUCUUUGGGAUUUUUUCUUGCCCAUAUGAACAGAUACAGAUGCAACUCAGCCAAGGAAUUCGUCCACUGUCUUACACUCCAGAAUUUCAGUUCUACUGGUGAAUUGUAUAGAUAUGGAGCCACAGUAGAAAGAUCCUGUAUUACAACCAUCCCUGCUCUUUUAUGGAGACAGACUGAGAAAAGGAAUCCUAAAGAGCUGUUUUAAUGAGCAAAUAGGUUCAUCCCAUGAAAAAAUGCCCCUAAAAUAAUAUAGAACUAAACCAGGGGUGGGUUCUACUUACCUUUACUACCAGUUUGUGAUGGGGCUGCAUGCGUUUUGAUGACAUCAUGGUCAGUGGGCAGAGCCUCCCGCUGGUUUUACUACAGGUUCUAUAGAACCGGUGCGAACCAGGAGCAACCCACCACUGAAUUAAACUAAGUAACAGAUUAAUAUGGGAAACAAUCAUUACAUGCUGUUACGUCUCUGAACUAGGCAACUUAGUUCUACAUAUUUCAAAAUCUGAUCCCAUUGCCUUUUAUGUGUCAGUUGUGUAAAUGUUAACAGAAGUAAAUCCCCUGCAUGGUAAAUAUACCUGGAACUGUUUUUCCAACUCUAGAUCUUAAAUUCGAGGCAAGUUUUACCGAAGCAAUACAAUGAUCUUGGGUGAUCAUCUUAAAACUGUUGUGUUUCAUAUAGAAAAUAAGCACUACAAGGAGACUCUUUGGGUCUUUCUGUGGGAGACUGUGGGUCUUUUUAAUAGAGCAAUAUUUGGUGAUGUGACCCUUCCCCCUCAAAUUGGAAUAUCUCAAAUGCAGGUUUAUUGCAUUUGAACUAGAUUAUCAGGAAGGAUAAAUUCUACAAACCAGAAUUAUCCUAAGGUUUUAGAUACCACCAGGCAUGUGAUGGAACACAUAUUAUCUAUUCUGUCCUCUUCACAUUCUUUCUUUUAAAGAAUGAUAUUAAAAAGAGGGGCACAGUGAGAAUCAUAGCUUAUGUUGUAAAUCUAGCUAAUUUGCAUGUUACCUUUUUUGGAAGGAAAAAGGUAAGCAUGUUUGUGUGCUCUUUUUCACACAGCCUUCCCCACUUAGCUUUUCAUAUUUCAAGGGGGAGGAGAAUAAAAUAGUGUCUAUAGCCAAGAUGUGUUCAGUUACAACUCCCAUCAACCCAGUGUUGAAAUCCAAUUUUUUUUACUACCGGUUCUGUAGGCAUGGCUUGAUGGGCGUGGCUUGGUGGCGUGGCAGGGGAAAGAUAAUGCAAAAUCUCCAUUCCCACCCCAUUCCAGGGGAAGGAUACUGCAAAAUCUCC